UCGAGAUCAUAUAUAUAUAUAUUGAUUUUAACAGAGAUUGUUCAUUAUUUUAUUUAAUUAUAACAACUGAGGAUUAUUAUUUGCAACCAUAGUUACGUUUAUCGUCAGACCAAGUUCGUUUAAUAUUAGUAACACUAAUUUUCAUUUUUAUUGAGUUUUAUAAUUGACAGUUGUGAUUAUUAUAAUAUAUUAUAAGCCCAUUGUCUCUGUAAGGAGCAAUUUAACCUAAAAUUCAGCCGCAAUAAUGAGUAAUUAUCAGUUUGUUGUAUUCUCAGGCAAAAAUAAAAAUAAGUCAACAAUAAAAGAAGACGUAGAAUCGGAAACAGAAGAACUGUCAAUAAACCAGUGUGAAGUUGAUUCCUCGUCAUCGUCGUCGCUGUCAAGAGCCUCAUCUUCUAGUUCGUCUACGUCUUCAAGGAAACAACUGAUAGUCUUAACGACGUCAUCAGACGGCAUUAGCAAUAGCGCAACAAUUGAAAGUGACUCAAAAAAGCGAAGAAUUAAUAACACUGAUAAGCAGUCGUCAUCUUCACGGAAACGUGACUCUGUGUCUGUAUCUGGAAAGAUUUUAAAAGUUGAUAUUGGCCAGAAGCAAGUAUCCGUCGACGCAGGCGCUUCCCAGCUUGGCGGGAAGUACUCCAACAGCAAUGCACCGGGUAAAGCUAAAAUUCCUCGUCCAGCAAAUGCAUUUAUGCUGUUCGCAAAUGAGUGGCGCAGAAAACUUGCCAAUGAAAAUCCGAGGGAAUCCAAUAAAGAUAUCAGCGUCAGGUUGGGAGUCCUGUGGAAAAAUAUGGAAAAGGACGCCAAAGAAAAGUACUUUUCCCUCGCGCGACAGGUUGACGCUGAGCACAAAAGAAAAUAUCCUGGUAAGAGUUUUUUUUUAUCAUUAAUGGUUCAUUUUAAAAUGGCUUGAUAGAUGAGAGAAGAUAAAUGAAAAAAGUGGGUUGGGAAGCUCCAGAGAGGUAAAAAGUUAAAUAUUUGGUAAAAUAAAUAAAAAGCUUUUACGGUUAUUAAAGGGCUUCUGUGCUUAAAGCGACGUGUAGAAAAAGAGAAACAGAAUGAGAAUGGGCAUCAACGGAGGUGUAUCAGAGGACAAUUGGGUCGUUCGACAAGCCGGAGCCGUGCCUAGAUUCUGAGUCAUGCGUUAUCUGUACCACUAAUAUAUAUCUAUGUACAUAAAUAUAUAUUUUAAAAGGUGCGCGCGGCGAAAAAAUCGAUAGGAACAUCAAGAGGAAUUAAACGCAGUUGCUCUUUCAAAAUGAUCAAUGAAAACUACAAUUGCAUAAAACUACACAUAUAUUUGAGUCUUGGUUAUGAUGGAUACUGAAUACUAGAUAAGCAAUAUCGGUUUACCGUAAAAACGUUUGGACAUGUUCCAAACUAUACCACGGAUGUAUCCAGCGGGUGUAAAGAGAUAAAAGAUCGAGAUUAGGCUGAAAGUUUUGAUCAAAACAACGUGCUCUGUCUUUAUGCUACCUAUUGUUUUCGUCUCUGCGUUUGAAAUUUGAUG